AGCUGCAGAGAGCCGCAGGAAACAGCUCCUACAGCGAGGAUAAGGAGCUCUGAAACACCAGGGCGUUUCAAUAUAAUGAUCAUCACACCAUUGCACCGAAGCUAGCUGACACGGUGUUAGCAACGGGCCACCAAGAUGGACGAGGCUGCUGUGGGAGUUAUGGAAGAGGAGAGCGGUGAAAACGUGGUCAGUCAAGAUGAUCAUGAAGAUGGUGAAGCAUUUGGUCACGAGCAGCCAUCUGCCGAGAACAGCACUGAAAGAGAUCGUGUUUUCUGCUGUCAAAAGUGUGGAGAUGCCUUCAGAGAAGAAGCCACUUACCUCAUGCACCUUCAACAGCAUUCCCAGGAAGAUUAUGGCAACUGUCAAGAAACCCAGUCAACUGUCAAGAAAGCUAUUGAGACGGACCAUGACACAACACUGCACGAUUUCCUUUCGCAAGAUGAUGUAGAUAAUAGUGAAUUGACUCCAAAGGACUUGUCUGAGCAGAUGGAUUCUGGGAUAAAUCGACAGCAUCCCUAUCAAUGUGAAGAGUGUGGGAAGUCUUAUGAAGUGUUUGGAUACUUCCUAAACCAUCAGCGAUCUCACAGACAAGCUUCAAAAUCAGUUUUUCACAACUUAGAACAUUUGCAAAAGAAGUCUUUUCAGUGUGAAUUUUGUGGAAGGAGUUAUUCUCGUGCCUCAGCUCUGGACGCUCAUCGUCGUUGUCAUGAGGGAAAGUUGGUGAAGAAGAGCAGGAGUUCUCCUGAAUCAGGUGGCUCUGACCAGAAACCAGAGCACAAGUCAAUGGAAACCCCCACUAGGGCAGUAGAUUUGUAUGGGUGCUCAUGUGGUAAAUCGUUUGCGACCCUUUUAAGGUUGAAAACCCAUAAACGAUUUAGCCGCAAUGGUCGUUGUACACCUGAGGAAUUAUUUGACAAGCAAAAGAGAAGUGAUGGUUUUCAGUGUGCCCAAUGUGAUAAGACAUUCAGUGGUUAUACUGCACUUGCCAGCCAUGUGCGUUGGCAUAAUCCUGAUGCUCUUAGCAAAUUUCGUUGUGAAGAAUGUGACAAAACAUUCAAAACUUUAACGUUUUAUGAGCGACACCAACGACUUGCACACACUCAUGAGAUUGCAUCAAAAUCAUUUCUUCACCAAGUGUGCCAGCUACAAAAGAAAUCAUUUGAAUGUAAAGUUUGUGGGCUUAGGUUUUCCAGGGCCUCAGCCCUACACUCCCAUGAACUAAAUCACAGUGAUGUUUAUAAUGAAGCAACGCUACCUCAAACAAACAAGGAUAUGAAAUUGGAGAAUGAAACCACUGAACAACCUGUGGACCUUGAUGGUGUGUUUCAAACUCCUGUUCUUAAUGACAGGCAUGUAAUUGACACUGAAGAUGAUGAGGAGAGCCUUGAACCUGGGGACUUGAUUGUGAAAGUUAUCAGUAGUAGUUCAAGUGAGUCUGAAGAUAAUGCAGAACAAGAUGAAAACUCUGACUUGGAGCUUGUCUGUGAAUCUGAUUAUGAGGUAAGAGAGGAUGGGGACUUGGCUAUUCACCAGAAAGUGGUGUCAAAACCUAACAUGAAUUUAAAAAUUGUACAGAUUGACUAUGGGGAGCCCGGGCCAGCAACGGAAGAAAGACAUGACUGCCCAGAUUGUUACCGAUGGUUCACAAAUCCGGUAUCUCUGCGUGUUCACAGAAUGUGGCAUGACGUUCGCAGAAGAAGACAGGUGACUCAAGGUCAGUCAGAAACAAUUGAACCUCUUGAUUUAAGCUCCUGUGAAACCAUAAACAAGCACUUUCAGGAAGCAGAGACCAUGAUUUUACAUACAGCAAACUUUGUUAACUAUGUUGGCUUUUCCUCUUCACAAAACAAGGACAGUUUAGAUUCUAAGAGGGAAUACAAUCCCAAGAAAACUCUGUUAGGGCCUAAAAUUUACCAUUGUGAACAAUGUGGGAAGGGAUUCUGGUCUUUGGGGGCCUUUUCUCAUCAUAAAUCGAGUCCCAUGCAGUGCACCGAAUUGAGACUGAGAAAGGGUUUUGGGGGACCAUUUACUAAUGGACACUCCCGCACAAGUUUUAAAGUUGCAUGUCCUGUUUGUGGCAGAAAGUUUCGUCAUAAAGGAAUUAUGUCCUUGCACAUGCGGAAACAUGAAAAUGGAGAUCAUAAAUGUGACAUCUGCAACCGGUCUUUUCGCCUCCUCUCUGGCCUGCUCCGACACCGGGCUGUUCAUAACAACCAGUUACAACCGCCACCAAUCAAGUCUUUUCAGUAUCAGGUCGAACAGUUGCAAAAGAACACGUACAGCUGUCCAGACUGUGGAAAGCGUUUCUCACGUGCAAAGGCCCUUCAGUUUCAUAUGAAGAGCCAUGGUUAUGAGAGCGGGUACUCGCCACCUUCUCACAGGUCUGGAGACCCUGUGGAGGACCUCCAGUGUCCAAGCUGCUUUGCUCUUUUUAAUAAAAAGUCCUCCCUACGCGCGCAUAGAAAACUUUGCACUAAGAAAGAGAAAAGUACACAGCCAACAGAUAAAGUCUCAGUUGGUGUCAUUCAUACUGAGAGUAAAUCCAUUGACCUGAAAGAAAAUCAUUUAGAAAACGAUAAAACUGAUGAGUUAAAAUACAAAUGUAAAGUGUGUGAGAGAAGCUUUUCAGUGGUUGGAGCAUUAAAUUUCCAUAAAAGAAUUCACACAGAGAGCCACAAAGCACUGGCUAAAGCAAAAGCAUUGGUUAAAAAAUCAAAAGUAGAUGAUUCAAAUAAAGGUGUUUUUAGCUGCGCAGACUGUGGCCGACGCUUUGUGUCUAACUCAGCCCUUGGUUCCCAUAAAAGGUGGCACAGAGAUAAACCAUGUUCUAAGCCUUCCUCAGACUCAGAGGAGAUGGCAACAGAUUCUAAGAAGUCAGACUCGGGCCCAUUCAAAUGUGACAAAUGUCAGAAAAAGUUUUUUAACCUUUAUGUUCUUCAGCGCCACCAGUUGGUUAACUCUCAGUGUCAGAACAAUGAACAAAAAACAGUCCCUGCUGUAACUGUUGGGAAUAAAAUCUCAGGGGAACAUGGCACAUUUCCCUGUACUGAAUGCACUCAAAGCUUUCAAACACGGUCACUACUGAACGAUCAUAUUAAAAGUGUUCAUUCCAAAUCUUCAGCUCAAGAUCAAUUGGGUAGUUCAGGUGACAGUCUGAAAAAACUGAAUAGUGAGUCUAAAUUUCACACUUUUAAACUGUCUAAACUACCACGUUGUCCACUUUGCUCCAUGUCAUUCAGAAAUAUCAGAGGCCUUCGGGCCCACAAGUGGCAGGCACAUUCAGAAGGCAGAAACAAAGGCACUCAGAAAGGGAGUAAUGAAGCACAGGAACAAGCUGAGUGUGAGAGUUCAGAGGAAACUAAUCCAGUUGAAACAAAAGAUACAAAAAAGGACCAUCUUCCUGCUCAAACCAUGUCAGAUGUCAAUAUUGGGAGUGAUUAUGUUUCUCAUAGUGCCAGUUUAAAAGUUAAAGACAUCAGCGAAGACAUUAGUAUUAUUUUACCUGAAAAUCCUUCCGAGCAUACAGCCAAAUUUUUCAAGUGUGACAAGUGUGGGAAAGCAUUUUCAGCUAAAGAACAAUUGGAAAACCACAAAACUAAGGCAAAGAGUCGACCAUUUAGAUGUGCGCUUUGCUGCAGUGGCUUUUGGACAGAGAAUCAGCUACAGCAGCACUUCAUUUGGCAUGACAAAAUUCGGGGUACCCUACCAAACGAGCUUCGCCUUAGAAUCAAUGCUGCUACAGCUAUAGCGGCUAGUGUUUAUUCUGCAGACAGAGCUAUUUCAACUCUUAAUGAUCCAGUGCUGAUCUCAGAUGACAAAGCGCUCCACGAAUGUCAAAACUGUGGCAAAGGCUUUUUAUCUCCAACUUCCCUUGAAAAACAUAAAAGGGAGUAUUGUAACACUGGUUCUUACCACUGCUCCUCAUGCCCAAGCACCUUUAGUGAUAUACAGGAACUCAUUGAGCACCAUCAGGAGUGUGCCGCUGCUGUACAGACAGGGGGAGUGUUGCUACACUUGUCUUGAUUGUGGAACUGCCUUUUCUCACAAAAAUCAAAACUACAGUGAGCACAUGGUUUUUGGACUACCAACACUGACAAGACCUGAGGACUGUUCUUUCACAUGUAUUUUGUUUGUAAAGUUUAUGUAAAAUGUAAACACUCCUUAGUGCUUUAUGUACCUAUGUCACUCACAUUGGCCACCUUGUUUUGAACACUGUCAAAAUGGACCCAUUUAUUAUCUGUAUGAAAGUUAAAGCUUUUGUGGGGAAAAAAUUGGAUGCAUGUUUGUCAUUCAAUUACUUUGAUUGACUUUCACAACUAUAUUGGCCUAAUAUGAUUCUAAGCAAAUGGCAAAUUUACCAACUUAGCAUUCAGAAUACGCAAUUUCUCAUUUCAUUUCUCAUAAAACAGACAUGUCUUGAUUGCCUUGUGCUUUUUAGGGCCCCUCUUUAAUGAAUGAAGAAACACUUGAAAUCAAAUUGCUUUGAGGUUUUUGUGGCUGGAUCUUUCUUGUAGUGAAGCUUGUCUUACUCUAGCGGUACUAGCUUAUGUUACAUUUCAAAAUGAUUUAUAUUGUUUUCUUUAGAUGACCAAGAAAAUGUUGUUUCACUUGUAUGACCUCUGAACUGGGAAAAGGUGCUGUAAAUAGUGUAACAAUAAAUAGUGCUCUAUAUGCUGAGA